CUCCAGGUACACCGCUAGGCCAAGGGGCAGAGGCCAGCAGAGUCAGCCUAGAGCGUUCGAAUGUGGAGUCUCCCCACAUCCCCAUCCCCUCGAGUACCACAUGAAGCCACAAGCCCAAUCUUUCUGCUCAGGAACCAACAGUGGAACCUGGGCUGCCUGCCCAUUGGGCCUUGGGGACCCAAAUGGAAGCUCGCAUUACAGGCUCAUGAAUAACUCAUCACCUUGCUGCCUGCACCUCUGAGAAGCCUAUGUUCCCUAGGCCUGCCCCCCACAACCCUGCCUUGCAUUUCUUUAAACUUUAAUAGGCCCAGGCUCCAAGGCAACUAACUGAGCAGGGUCCACAGAGCUGGGACAAAAGUCUUGAGUGAGAGAACUUAGGCCCAGCUCCCUCAGGCCCUGGGUGGUAGCUGAUAGAGGUGGACCCCAUGGAACAGACCCACUUCCCUAGAACCCUGGCCAAACCCAAGGCAGGAACCCCAAGAGUGACCUCCAGCAUCAGAGCCCUUCGCAGGAGGUGGAGUAAACUGGGGUGCUGAGGUCAAGCUAGGGCUGGAGGCCCCUAGGAGAGUUGUGGGAUAAGGUUGCAGAUACAUCCCAGAGUCAGCAGCCCGGAGACUUGCAGUCCAGAAGUUUCCAUCCUGGAUGUGGCACUCCAGCAAGGAGGCAUUCAUCCAAGAAGACCAAGACUCCCGGAGGCCUGGAAGCAGAGCCCUGGGUAGACCUGCAUGGACAUCCCCAUCAGCACCAGAGAUUUCCACUGCCUGCAGCUGGCCUGUGUGGCCCUCGGCCUGGUGGCUGGCAGCAUCAUCAUCGGUGUCUCCGUGUCCAAGGCUGCUGCUGCUGUGGGUGGUAUCUUUCUUGGUGCCGCUGGGCUUGGACUCCUCAUGUUCGCCUACCCAUUUCUGAAGGCUCGGUUCAACCUGGACCACAUCCUACCAGCACUAGGAAACCUGCGAAUCCAUCCUAACUCUGGACCAGACCACGGGGAGGGAAGGUCUAGCAACAGCAGCAAUAAGGAAGGAGCCCGUAGCAGCCUGUCCACUGUGACCAGAACCCUGGAGAAGCUGAAGCCUGGAGGCCGGGCAACGGAGGAGAGCUAAGGCACUGCCUCCUGUCCCACCCUCCCCUCUCCUGGUACUCCUAUCUCAGGGCCCUCCUUCAAGCUAGAAGAUCCAGAAUUGAUCCGUGGGAAACUAGACCUACCUUCUCUUCCAGUGAGGCUCCUCAUAGCAGAGCCCCUCACUCCUGGCAUCGUUGCAAGACCCUCAGGACCCCACUGGCUUCAGUCCCUCCCCAGGGCUCAUCGCUCUGGACAACAGCUCAACUUUGUUCCCUUGUUGAUCUCUUGUUGGAAUUUGGUCCAGGGUCCUGACUACGGCCAGAGAUGGUUGGUUUAUCCUGGCCAUAGACGCUGACCACAGGAACCACCGAUGGGGCUCCUAGCUGAGACUGUCAUGUCCAUGUCAGGAGCACAGGUGACCACUGGCGAGGUGGCUUUCCAGCGAAGCCCAGUGCUGACACCAUUGCUAUUGUACUUCUCCACUCGGGGCUUUGAAGCACCUGGCUCCAGACAGGCCCCCAGCAUCCGCUAUUCUC